CCAACAUAAACAUAUCCGAGUAUCUGAGCGGGUCGGGUAUACAGCCGGCGCGCCGGCAGCCCAGUCUGCCUCAGCCACUGCAUUCCCACUUGCUGUUGGCGGUUUUCAGUUGGUUCUCAGUUCGGUUUCGCCGGUCCUAGGUGACGCAUCGCCCCGGGUCUUGAGUUGUUAGAGUGUCGACGGUGUCGUCCAGUGCCCCUUUCGGCUUCCCUCUUCCUCUUUGGCCAGUUUUUCGGCAACACGUGUUGGCCGAUAAUUGCUGUGAAAGAGAAUUAGCGAAAGAGAGAGAGAGCUCCCCCUCGGUUUGGCUCGGGAGCAAAGUACACGUCAACGGAGGAGCUUGUGGAGAGAGUGGGCAACGGCGGAACUUGGGUUCUGACGAACUGAGUGCGCAGACAUCACGAGAUAGUGCCAAAAAGCGUAGCGUUUCCGAUUUAGUGAUUCACUGUCUCCGCGCGACUCAAAGAAAGCGGUCAGCAGCUGUUCGCCGCGCGGCAAGUCUCACGAGUUUCGCACACAAAAUACACGAAAUGGGCUACGACGAGGCCAUCAUCAAGCUGGGCGACUUCGGGCGCUACCAGAAGAUCAUAUACUUUCUCGUCUGCCUGACCUCCAUACCGGUGGCCUUCCACAAGCUGGCCGGCGUGUUCCUGCUGGCCAAGCCCGACUUCCGAUGCGUCCUGCCCUUCGAGGAGGAGGGCAGUGGGUACGAACUGUCGCCCCACCUGUGGAAUCUCUCGUAUCCCCCCGAGGGAAUCAUGAGGACAUGCUCUUACUAUGACGUGGACUAUUCGGAGGAGUACCUCAACGGAAGCAUUCCCCGGAGCAGCAACCAGACCAGGGACUGCUCACAUUACGUAUACGACCAGAGUACUUACCUGAACAGUGCCGUCACCGAGUGGAACUUGGUGUGCGGACGGGCUUUUAUGGCCGCCACCAGUGACUCGCUUUUUAUGCUCGGCGUGUUCCUGGGGAGCAUUGUUUUUGGACAGCUGAGCGACAAGUACGGCCGCAAGCCCAUCCUCUUCGCCUCGCUGGUCAUUCAGGUCCUGUUCGGUGUCCUGGCUGGGGUGGCGCCCGAGUACUUCACCUACACGCUGGCCCGCAUUAUGGUGGGCGCCACCACGUCGGGCGUCUUCCUGGUGGCCUACGUCAUCGCCCUGGAAAUGGUGGGACCCGCGAAGCGCCUCUACGCCGGCAUUUUCGUGAUGAUGUUCUUCUCCGUGGGAUUUAUGCUGACGGCGGCAUUUGCCUACUUCGUCCACGACUGGCGCUGGCUGCAAAUAGCUCUGACGCUGCCGGGCCUCAUCUUUCUGGGCUACUACUGGAUCAUUCCAGAGUCCGGCCGCUGGCUGAUCACGAAGGGGCGGAAAGAGUGCGUCAUUGCCAAUAUGCAGAAGGCCGCACGCUUCAACAAGGUGGAAAUCUCAAACGAGGUCUUAAGAGAGCUCCUGGACGAGGGUGAAACGGCAGAGGAUAAGGCCAAGCAGAAGCUGGAGGGUCAGGAGCAGGAGCUCAGGGAUGAGGGACCGCCGCCAUCCGUGUGGGAUCUCUUCUGCUACCCGAAUCUUCGCAAGAAGACUCUGCUCAUCUUCCUGGACUGGCUGGUGACCAGUGGAGUCUACUACGGCCUCUCCUGGAACCCCAACACUCUCGGCGGCAACGUGCUCCUCAAUUUCGUGAUAUCCGGCGCCGUGGAAAUACCGGCCUACAUAUUCCUUCUCCUGACCUUGAACCGCUGGGGCAGGCGAUCGAUCCUCUGCGGCUGCCUGGUGGUCGCCGGACUUAGCUUGGUAGUCACCGUGAUCAUUCCCGAGCAGAUGCACACCCUCCUUGUGGCCUGUGCCAUGUUGGGCAAGCUGGCCAUUACUGCCUCGUAUGGAACCGUCUACAUCUUCUCCGCCGAGCAGUUCCCCACGGUGGUGCGGAAUGUGGCUCUGGGCGCCGCCUCAAUGGUGGCCCGUAUCAGCGGGAUGUUGGCGCCGUUCCUCAGCUCCCUCGAAAUCAUUUGGAAGCCACUGCCGCUGCUCAUCUGCGGAACCCUCUCCCUGGCAGCGGGUCUGCUCUCGCUCCUGCUGCCGGAGACGCACAACAAGCCCAUGCUGGAGACCAUAGCGGAUGGCGAGCGAUUUGGGAAGAAGACCAAGGGCGAUGUCUAUCUGGAGGCGGGCCAAGAGCUGCGCCAGACUCCGGAGGCGCAGCCACUCAAGGGGGCGGACAGCAACGGACACGCGGCCAACGGCCAAAAGUUCUAGGAAAUCUCAAGGCAUAAACUCACUUGAAUUUUUCCAGCGAAAAGAAUGACAGACACGAGGGCACACAGGGCAUCUAGAAUUCGGCCAGGCCAAAGGCUUAGCAUUUACCAUAAAAGAUAGACCAAGUAUUAUAUCAUUUCUGAAAUCUCACGUAACCAAAAAAGAAAAAAGAGAAGACAAAAAAAACUUAAAAGAAUAGGUAGCACCGAAUAGAUCAUGUUAGCACUUAGCCAGGGAGCAGCGGCCACGUAGAGAGAAAUAAGGGUUUCUAAAAGUUAGGGGUGACUUUCCCUGGGAAAACCCAUGGAAAAUGUGGAUGAUAUGCCAAGAAUUCCUCGCUGCAGUUGUGCCGCUGCAUAAUUUAUUCCUAUCUAUUAAAUAAUAAUUUACCAAUUACAUUUAUGCAUGUAUUCCAAGAAACAAUUUUUAAAUAAAAUCUAGUAUUUUCCAGAACAGAAA